ACGUAUCAUUGAAUACUUCUCCUGUGGAGGUUAGAAGGGAUAGCCCGGGAAGAAUCUAGGCAUGUGCCCACUGAGUACUCGGCACAGAGAAUAAGAAAGACUCUUUUAUUACGUAGAGAAACACUAGAACGAUGCAGCUCUUACGUCGGGCUAGUCUCCACUCUUCUACUGCCGUACAGCGACAAAAGACUAGCCGUGCAGUGACAAAAGACUAGCUCGCCGGCGUGUGGUGGGGGGCGAGCUCGCAUGCAAGCGAGAUAGAGUAUAGCCGCCACACUCCCACUCUUUCCUCUACAGCCAGGAACCUUCCAUCUUCUAUUCUUCAGUGUUGGUUUCAUUCCCGCUUGUAUAAUCCUUUUCUAUGUACAGGUUAAAAAAACACAGAAAAUAAAAGGGGAUUAUCGUUAUUGCUAUUAAAAUUUGUUGGCAAAAUGAAUAUAAUUUGGAAUAACUAUAAGUUGCAGCAUCCACCGUAUUUAACUUGGCGUGCCAACAGAAAUGCAUUUAAUAUUAAGAAGUUUCUGGCCGCGAUUAAUAAGGCAAUCAGAGAGCUGGAAUCAAUGGAUACUUUUGAUCUGGAAGCAGCAUUUUUAAGCCGGUUGAUUUAUCGUAUGAAGAACAAGUUCCGGAAUGAUAAAGGCUUAAAAAGCAUGGAGAAAGUAAACAGAGCCCUAAUUAAUUAUCUGAACAUGGCUCUGAUUGAGAAUUAUAAAGAUUUGAAGUCUUACAUUCAAGUAGAGGAUAAAGCGCUCACUUUACCAAGCAGACAAUUGCUGGAAUACGUGCUUGUGAGAACGCAAGGCUUUGCAAAACUUGUAGAAAGAAUAGAACUGGUCGCAAGACACUCUGCACAUUUUCUCAAAACUAGGAUCGCAUUGGGUCAUGCAUGGAGUAUCUCUUUAGUUGCUUAUGCCAAUGUUAGCAGGAUUUGGUUCUUGUCUCGGCAGCUAAUCAGACGAUGCUGUGUGUGGUAUAAGGAAUUGUAUCAAUAUGUAUCUGCCUUUCAAUAUGUUGGUUUACCUUGGAUCCCACAGAAUCAAUCUUUGCCGCAGGAUUUAGAACAAUGGCUUUCUAUAGAGUGGAUGCACGAUGAAAAUAUAGACGCCUGUCGCAAUGAUACCUGGGAUGAUGUGAUACUCAAACUAUUCAAGGAGCAUCCAGCUGACUGUACUGAUGAAAUAAUCACUAUUCCUGUAUCAGAUGUGACAGAAAAUAAACCUGCGUCACACGCUGAUGAUAUUGGAGAAGUGAUAAGUCGAGAGGCUUUCGAAGCAAAUCUGCCGAAGAUACAUAACGUUAAAACUUCCUCGAUAAAGAAAUGCAAACGUAGCCACAUCAGUGACGAUGUAAGAUCGACGAAACAACUAAAAAGGAAGAAAAAGAAGAAAGGAACAAAAUGAAUUUAAAACUUGAUUUUAAAUUCAUUGAAGACAACGCAGUAAUAUAUACGCAUUCUUAUUAGAUGAUGACACCGAUGUAAGAUCGGGCGUUAGAGGCGGAGAGAGAAAGAGAGAAAAAGAGAGAGAGAGAGAGGCAGACUUUUCUGUCGUAAUCAAAGAAUCGUAGCCGAAUAUGUGCUGCUACGUAACACCUUUAAUUUCACUCAAGCAGCGCCGACAAGCGAAUCAUUACGGAAGGCCGAGGGAGAAACAGAGGGGGAACAUCGGAAUAUCUCUAAUCGAACGGUGCGAAGUAAAAUAAGCAUUGAGCGGUUUCUGCCGAGGGAUGGUUUCGUCCACUUGAAUAGAUGUGCGUAGGUGAUUA